AUGGUGGGGAAGGGAAUGUUGUUGCUAGCAGGCUUCCUUCUGCCUGGGUUCCUGCUCUCAGAGGCCAUCAAAAUUCUGACUACAUUCUCACUGGGUGAGUGUUUGGCAGGAGAAUCAGAGUCAGGUGGAAGCCAUUAUCUACUGCAGGACCGGGUAUCUCAGAUUCUUCAAGAUCAUGGUUACAAUGAGGCUGUAAUAUUCUGCAUUCUCACAGAAGUGACUGCAGGUUCCAUUGACAUCCUUGUCAAUACUUGGUAUGAAAAGAAUGAAAUUUCAUACAAUGUUAUCAGUUGGCUUCCACCUGAAAAUCAUAGAAAAGAUUUUAAUAACUCUUUUGAUUUCUUUGUGACAGAAGCUUUGCAUGGCAGAGAAGCAUUUGAGAACGUUGUAAAGUUAAUGGAACAACUUGGAAUUCGAUGCAGUGACUUGCUAAGAAGAGGAGAUAUCAUGGAUUUCUUAAAAAAUGAGAACUUUGACCUGGUAUUCAUCGAAGCAUUUGACUUCUGUUCUUUCCUGGUUGCUGAGAAGCUUGGGAAGCCAUUUGUGGCAAUUCUUCCCACCCAGUUUGGCAGUAUGGACCACGGGCUACCAAUCCCUGUGUCUUAUAUUCCAGUAUUCCGUUCCUUGCUAACUGACCAUAUGGACUUCUGGGGCAGGGUGAAGAAUUUUCUGAUGCUCUUUGAUUUCUCCCUGAAACAAUGGCGACUCCACUCUACAUAUGACAACACCAUCAAGGAACAUUUCCCAGAAGGUUCUAGGCCUGUUUUGUCUCAUCUUCUAAGGAAAGCAGAGCUGUGGUUUGUUAACUCUGACUUUGCCCUUGAGUUUGCUCGGCCUCUACUUCCCAACACUGUGUACGUUGGAGGCUUAAUGGCGAGACCUGUUAAACCAGUAUCACAAGAAUUUGAGAAUUUCAUUGCCAAAUUUGGAGACUCUGGUUUUGUCCUUGUGGCCCUGGGCUCUAUUGUGAGCAUCUAUCAGUCCCAGGAAGUUCUCAGGGAGAUGAACAGUGCCUUUGCUCAUCUGUCUCAAGGGGUGAUAUGGAAGUGUAAUCCUUCUCAUUGGCCCAAAGACAUCAAAUUGGCAGCAAAUGUGAAAAUCAUGGACUGGCUUCCUCAGAAUGACCUAUUGGCUCACCCACGCAUCCGUCUCUUUGUCACCCAUGGUGGAUUGAAUAGCAUAAUGGAGGCCAUCCAACAUGGUGUACCCAUGGUAGGGAUUCCUGCCCUUGGAGAACAGGCUGAAAACCUGAUUCGAGUAGAAGCCAAAAAGUUUGGUGUCUCUAUCCAGCUAAAGCAGGUUAAGGCAGAGACAUUGGCUCUGAAGAUAAAGGAAGUAAUUGAAGACAAGAGGUACAAGUCAGCAGCUGUGGCCGCCAGCAUCAUUAGGCACUCCCACCCCCUGACCCCUGCCCAGAGGCUGGUGGGCUGGAUUGACCACAUCCUCCAGACAGGAGGUGCCGCCCACCUCAAGCCCCAUGGCCUGCAGCAGCCGUGGCAUGAACAGUACCUGCUGGAUGUCUUCUUGUUCCUGCUGGUGGUCACCCUGAGCACACUGUGGAUCUGUGGGAAGCUGCUGGGCAUGGUGGCCAGGUGGUUGUGUGGGGCCAGGAAGCUGAAGAAGUCCUAA